UUUUCAGUGAUAAUUUAUAUGAUAACAUUUGUAAUUGACGCCACAUAUUUUAAAUUUAUUCCAGUUUACAUUCACAAUACUUCAGACUGAAGUUACAAAUAAUUUAGUUUUCGUGUAAAAUGCUGCGUGAUUUUCCCUUUUUAUUGUAAAUUUUAGUAAUUAGACCAGACGCAGUUUUGAAACUAAAGAAAAUGGUGACACCGGUUAGAGAUACAUUCCUUUACUUCGCCUAUGGCAGUAACUUGUUAAAGAAAAGGAUUCACAUUAAUAAUCCAUCGGCAAUAUUUUUAGGCAUUGGGCGACUUGAUGACCAUCAACUAGACUUCAUAAAGUACUCCGACCAUUGGAGGGGAGCAUCUGCUACAAUUGUACCAACAAAGAGCCACCAUGUGUGGGGAGCUGUUUGGAGAGUACAUAACAAAGAUCUCCAAAGUUUAGAUUGGCAAGAAGGUGUGGAAACAAAUUGGUAUUUCCCAAAGACUGUCAAAGUUGUAACACCUGAUGGGGCUGAUCUUGAAUGCCGUACAUACCAGCAGACCAUCAACCCUCCUCCUCGGGCUGAAGGGGAGGAGAUACCACACGACAGGAGACCAUCUAUUACUUAUUUAAACUGCAUUUUAACUGGUGCUAUUGAAUGUAAUUUACCUAAAGAGUACAUAGAAAUAUUGAAGAAAAUCCCUCAUAAUGGACAACAGGCUUCCCCAAAAUUGAUAGAAAAAUUAGACUUGCCAACUUCUAUUAAUGAAUAAUCUUAAAAAAUGAUUUGUAUGUAUAUAAGAUGGAUUAUGUAAAAAAGUUUAUGUUUUUUAUAUUUAAAUAUGCAUUGUAUAUUUGUUGUGCACCUCCUUUGAAAUUAAAUAUUGUUUGUAAAAAAUAAAUAAAUUGACAGAC